AUGAAUAUAUGGAUAUGCAUACUGUCACUCAGUUACAUACAGUUUGUUGAUGCAAAAGCCCACUGCCAACAACAAUAUGUAAGUGUAUCGUUACCAACAUCAGAGUUGACGAAGCUAUAUGAAAUUGCUACAUGGUUCUGUUAUAAAGAAGGAACAACUAAUUUCAAUAAUAAAAUUGUUCAUUUAACUAUUCAUGGCCUGACAUAUGAUCAUACAUAUUGGAAUUUUCCCUGUGAAUCGUCAACUUAUUCGUACACUGACUAUGUUAUUAAUAAGAGCAAUGGUAAUAUUGUUGUACUGAAUUUUGAUCGUAUUGGUAUUGGCCGUAGUUCUCAUCCUCCAGCAUACGAUGUCACUAUUGAUUUGAAUGCCGAUGUCGUUUAUCAGUUGACAGAGAAACUACAUAAUGGUCAAUUUCAAGAUACAAAAUUCGAUAACAUUAUACUUGUUGGUCAUUCUCUAGGCACAUUAAUUUCAUGGACAACAGCUUCAUCAGAUUCUGGAUAUAAUCGAUUUGUCAAUGGUUUAAUAUCGACGGGCUGGUUACAUAAAAAUAAUCCUAUUGGAGGAAUGGGUAUUAUUUCAUCAAUGUAUCCCGUACAAUUAGAUCCAAAGCUUAGGCAACAAAAUUUACCACUAGGUUACUUAACAACAAAUCCUAGUUGGCCACGGCAGACUUUAUUUUAUAAUAUGAACGAUGCUGACAUCGGAAUUGUUCAACAAGACGAACAAUUAAAAGAAACAGGAACAUUGGGUGAAUUACGUACGUGUGAAGCCGCCAAUAAUCCAUUAGUUACAUUGAAGAUACCCAAAGCUAUUCCAAUUCUUCUUGUUAUUGGACAAAAUGAUCAAUGUUUCUGUAAUGUUACUUUAGCGUGCGAUAAUUCAUUGAUAAUUCAAGAACGCGAGCAACAGAAUUUUAUAUCAUCGACAGAAACGUAUGUUUUACAGCAAGCAGGUCAUAGCAUUAAUUUACAUUUAAAUUCACAUGAUUGGUAUCAAAUAGCGUCAGAUUGGACACAAAAAUAUUUUCGUAUUAAACAAGAGCUGUGA